CACCGCACUCGCACUGACCCGCCGGCGGCCCAGCAGCUUGCUUCUCGUCCUCACACUGCUCGUCCAUCAUCGCUGCUUCCACAGGCUCGCUCCCACCCGCUCACACAGCGCGCCGCCAUCUCGCUCGCCAGCGCACGCCGCAUCACUCGCCGCCGCACAGCCAGCGUCGUCUCGCGUCGCGCGCCUCGCACUUCGCCGCCGCCGCCGCCGCCGCACCUUCUCGUAGUCCGCCGCUUCGCCAGCAGCAGCAGCCGCCGCGGCCAUGGAUCCCAGUGUGGCCCUGCAGGCCGCACCCGCCCUCGUGCCCGCCGGUGCCACGCCGCGCAAGCUCAGCGGCCGCUAUGCGCUCGCCGACUUCAACAUUGAGCGCACGCUCGGCACCGGCUCCUUUGGCCGCGUGCACCUCGUGCGCAGCCGGCACAACCUGCGCUUCUACGCCGUUAAGGUGCUGCGCAAGGAGCAGGUCGUGCGCAUGAAGCAGGUCGAGCACACCAACUCGGAGCGCGCCGUGCUCGAGGUGAUUCGGCACCCGUUCCUCAUCAACCUGUGGGGCACCUUCUCCGACCCAACGUUCCUCUACAUGGUCAUGGACUUUGUGCCGGGCGGCGAGCUCUUCACGCUGCUGCGCAAGUCGCAGCGCUUCCCGCACCCCGUCGCCAAGUUCUACGCCGCCGAGGUCGCGCUCGCCAUCGACUACCUGCACCAGAACGGCUUCGUGUACCGGGACCUGAAGCCGGAGAACAUCCUGCUGAGCGCCGACGGGCACCUCAAAAUCACCGACUUUGGCUUUGCCAAGUACGUGCCGGACGUGACAUGGACGCUCUGCGGCACGCCGGACUACCUCGCGCCUGAAAUUGUCUCGUCGAAGGGCUACAACAAGUCGGUCGACUGGUGGGCGCUGGGUGUGCUGCUGUUCGAGAUGCUCGCUGGCCACCCGCCGUUCUUCACCGAGGACGGCAACCCGAUCAAGCUGUACGAGAAGAUCAUCGCAUGCAAGGUCCGCUACCCGCCGUACUUUGAGCCCGCCGCCAAGGACCUGCUCAAGUCGCUUCUCACUGCCGACCUGACCAAGCGCUUCGGCAACCUGCACCGCGGCUCCAAAGAUAUCUUUGGGCACAUGUGGUUCGCCGAGGUCGACUGGGACCGGCUGUACCGGCGCGAGAUCCCCGCGCCCUACCUGCCCACGGUCACGGCCGACGGCGAUGCCUCGCAAUUCGAGCGGUAUCCCGAGAACGACCUCUCCGAAUACACGAUGCUCGACGCGCCCGACGUGUACGGGCACCUCUUCCCCGCCUUCUAACCGCCCUGCCGCCCGCUGCACUUCUCGUCGUCAUUCCUUUCUCGCCUUCGCUGCUACUGCCCUCUUCCAUCGCAAUGUCAUGCCACUGGAACGCAUU